AAUUUAUUUUUAAAUACUUGACGUAAUUUAAAAAGUACUGCAUAAUAUUACACAAUAAACAACAUUAGUGUUUUAAUAAAAAGAACAACUAUCUUUGCUCCAUCAAAAUGUUGCGCUUAAGACAUGCUUUUAGUACUAUAAGAAUUAUGCAAAGUAUUCGAUUACUAAGCGAUAAUACACAAUUUGUGGAUACAACAUAUAUGGAAAUUCCUAUCUACAAUGUUGAUAAGCCACAGUCAUUAGAGAAAAGAAAGGCGAGGCUUCACUACCAAUCUCGCAAAAGAGGCAUGCUUGAAAAUGAUCUUCUUUUAAGUACCUUUGCUAAAAAAUACUUAGAUGGGUUCUCGGAGGAACAAACCAUAUUGUAUGACAGGCUUAUUAAUUCACCAAGCAAUGAUUGGGAUAUUUUCUACUGGAUUGUAGAAAAACAGGAAACUCCAAAGGAAUUUGAUAAUGAAAUUAUGGAUUUACUUAAAAAACAUGCUAAGAAUGAAGACCGUAUUGCUUUGUCACAGCCACCUCUACAUUAGAAAUAAAGACAGCUAUUUAAAAUUUAUAAAUUUACAAUGAUUUUCAUAUAGGUUAAAUAUAGCCAUAAAGAAACUGUUAAUAGAUAUAUUUAUUUUAAAAGUGUUGCUUAAGAGACUAGGACAAAUUACUUAUAGAUAUUUUAAAAGUAUUUGUAUUUAAAGUUUGUGAAAGAAUUAAAUUGUUAUAGUAAUUUUCAUACAUAUCAUAUCAAAUCCAAUGCUUUUUGUUUAAAAUUGUGCAAGCUAGCUUACUGAAAAAUACACAAAAUUUAUAUGAAAACAAAUAUUAAAAGAGAUAAUGAAAUGCAUACAUAAUACAUUAUUUAUUAACAUGACAUUUAAUAUUGUAUUAUGAUAGUAGUCAUAGAUGUACUGUAAUAGGAAAAUAAAUUAUUGCGUAUCAUA